ACAACCAUCGCAUACAUCCCACUCACACAUUGUUCUUUCCAUAGCAACUCCUGUACAUUAGCAUAUAUCAAGCCUGAUAAUCUAAUACAUAUUAUUAGUUAGCAGCAAACCGCAAUCAUCGCAUUAUUUCGUCAUUUUCCAAUUCAGUUCACUUGAAUUCAGCCCUUUGCAUCCAAGACUAGCUGGUCGUACCAUAUCGUAACAUAGCAUACCAUGGGACUUCUUUCUUUAGGUACUCCAUUAGACUGGCACCAAUCCCGUAAAUAUAAUGAACAUGUCCGAUAUAAUGGAAUUACCCAAUUAAUCAACAUUUUCAAGCAGCACUCACAAACUAGAACCAAUGACAAAUAUCUUUGGGGUGACGAAGUUGAAUAUAUGAUGGUUAAUAUUGAUCAUUCUAACAAAUCAGCUCGGUUAAGUAUUGACAAAGAUUAUAUCUUGAACGAUUUGAACGAUGAAAACAAAUCUUUGUACAAAUCAUUAGAGAACAACGUUUUGUUUCAUCCCGAAUAUGGUAGAUUUAUGUUGGAAGCAACCCCAGCAAAGCCUUAUGAUGGUGAUUGUCUUGAAGAUUAUGUCUAUGUUGAAAAAAAUAUGAUUGCGAGAAGAAAAAUCAGUCAAGACGAAUUGCCCGAAAAUGUCAAACCUAUAACAUUGACUAGUUUUCCUCGAAUGGGUUGUGGAACAUUCACAGCACCUCCAGCAAAACCAAUUGGUCCCGCUUCGCAAUCUUUGUUUCUUCCAGAUGAAAUCAUUAACCGUCAUGCUCGUUUUCCAACCUUGACUGCCAAUAUUCGUAAGAGAAGAGGUCACAAGGUCGCUAUUAACUUGCCAAUGUAUCCUGACAAGCAUACUAAACUCGUGGAUGACUCUAUUAAGCAACGUGAUUUAUUCAAAUCCGAUCAAGAACCUUUUAUUGGAGCUAGUAGACCAGGAUUUGUGUACAUGGACUCAAUGGGUUUCGGUAUGGGAUCAAGUUGUUUACAAAUUACUAUGCAAACUAAGAAUAUCGAAGAAGCAAGAUACCUUUAUGAUUCCUUAGCUCCAUUAUCUCCAAUUAUGUUAAGUUCCACAGCUGCUGCUCCUAUUUUCAAGGGACAUUUGGUUAAUCAGGAUGUUAGAUGGAAUGUUGUUAGCGGUGCAGUUGAUGAUAGAACAUUUAUAGAACGAGGAGUUGAAGAAUACCCAGGAUAUAACAAGUUUGGUGGAUUAGAUGUGGAUGAACAUACUUUGGUUAAGGAUUGUUCCAAGACCAAUGCAAAUGGUGACAUUAUUGGUGUUUUCGCUAAUGAUGGUAAACCAAUUCAACAUGUUCCUAAAUCAAGAUAUGAUUCUGUAGCCAAUUAUUUGGCCGACUCUAAACAUGACACUUCGUAUUACAGCGAUAAGUUCAAUGAUUUAAAUGCUCCUAUCAAUAAGCUGGUUUAUGACAGAUUAAUUCAAGAACCAAACUUUGACCAUUAUAUGGCCAACCAUUUUGCCCAUUUGUUUAUUAGAGAUCCUUUGGUUAUCUUCAGUGAAAGAAUCGAUCAAGAUAAUACGUUGGAAAAUGACCAUUUUGAAAAUAUUCAAUCUACGAAUUGGCAAACUCUUCGUUUCAAACCACCAGCAUUGUAUGAAUCAAAUGUGGACAUUUCUACUACACCAGGUUGGAGAGUUGAAUUCAGACCAAUGGAAAUUCAAUUAACUGAUUUUGAAAAUGCCGCAUACUCUACAUUUAUUUCAUUAUUAUCCAAAGCUAUCAUUAAAUUUAAACCAAAUUUCUAUAUUCCAUUGCUGAAAGUUGAAGAAAAUAUGGGAACCGCUCAUAAAGUGGAUUCAGCAAUCAAUGACAAAUUCUGGUUCAAGGAUUUAGACAAUUGGAAUUUGGACUAUCAUGAAUUUAGAGGAUAUGAUUUAAGUUGGUUUGAUAGAUAUAUUAAUAUUGGAAAUGAUGAAUUGGGCGGUGAAGAAGUUUACAUGAAUGGAUAUUCCGUGAGUGGAUCAACUAUAUCACUUGCUAAUGGUGAAUUAAAUGGUGCAAUUCCAAAUGGAACAGUUAAUGGAAAUACUACCAAUGGUAAAAGACGUAAGUCCAGUAAUGGAAUGAUAAUCACUGAUGAUGCCGAAGACUUAACUUAUGCCAAAUACUCAAUUGAUCAAAUUAUAAAUGGUGAUGUUUCCGGGAAAUUCCCAGGUUUGAUCCGUCUUGUAAUUAAGCUCAUAGCUACUGAUUUAAUUCCUAAAUCUUGCCAUUGUCCAAGCACAUCAUUAGCUAAUGAUUUAACCAGAAUUAAAUAUUAUUUAACCUUGAUUUCAAAACGUGCCAAAGGUGAAAUACCAACUACUGCUCAUUGGUUAAGAAAUAAGGUAUUGAAUCAUCAUCAAUAUAAACGUGAUUCUAAGGUUACUGACUUUAUAAAUUAUGAUAUAAUUAGUGAUGCUAUUAAAGUGGGUGAUUUGUCUGAUCGCGAUGUUGUUGAAAGUUUAUUUGGUGAAGUUAUAACCGAUUAUUUAUUUGAAUAGAACUUAAUAGUAACGGACAUUUUAGAGUAAUUUCUAAUUGGAAUGUAUUGAUUGCGUCUGGAGCUAUUUAUCUACAAAAAUAAAAGACAAGGUUAUGACAUUUCCGAUAAGAUAUACUAAAUUAUUGAUCAUUUUAACAACAAAACCGUUGUAAGCAUUCCUUUCCACCUCAUGGUAAUACUUGGAAAUAAUAAUAUGGUGCAAAUAGGGAUACCUUUCAAUAUAUUUGCCCAACCACAAAUCAAUUGCAUUGUAAAAUUCAUAGCUCUUGUCAUAGUCUCCCAAAGGUUUAAAAAUACAUCGGAAAUUAUUAAGACAAGAUUUAUGUGCUUUGUCGGUGAAUGAAAAUCAAUCUAGCGACCAUGAAUGCACAGUUAAGCUACACAAAGUAUUUGAAAAAUAUGUAGCAAAGUUAUGUCAUACAUGUAAGGCACUUUCUGCAAAUUUAAAUGUUUUAGUUUAGGUAACUGUUUGAUUAAACAUUUGAGCUAUGAAUGACGGAGAUGUACCCCCAGAUGACUAUUCCAAUGCUGCUAGUUAGUCUAAUAUGAAUAAAUUAGCUAUGUAGGUGAUAUCUCUGGAUCUGAAGUCAACACAAAACGAUAACUUCUUUAACCGAAGUAUUUAUUUUAAUUUGAAGUUUUUGCUAUAAUAGUUGACAAUAGUAUAUUUCGUAUGAAUAGAGUGCAGUAUUCUGUUUGUAUUAGAUAUACCGCCUCUGAUAUUGAUCUUAAAAUAGAUUGAAUUGUACAAACUUUUUACGGCAAUUUGAUACAAUCAUCUACUCAUCAUCAUCACUGCCAAUUUGUGAUUUAGAUUUAUGUAACCAAUGAUAAAAGGCAAAGUUAAUUUUAACCAAUUGGCGUCGAUUUUAUGUUGUUUGAACAUAGGAUAGCUUUAAAAAGUUGUAUCAAAGGUCAG